ACCUCUGAAAUUUGGUGGAAGAAAUGGCAAUGCCACUAUCUUCAACUUUUUUUCAUUAUCUAAUUCAUUCUUGAACUUUAAUUCUUCUAUAAAUUAUUUGCUUUUAUUUAGCUAGCUAGGUACUUAUCUGCACAUUAUUGCUAGCACCACUACUUCACAUAAAUACAACUUGAGUGUUAUGCAGCCCAAAGCUUCUGUAAGACUAAGAACCAUGGCCAUUGCUAACCUUCUUAGUGUGUUUUUGGUGAUGGAGAUUAUUGCAAGUGGCUUUAGAUUUGGAGCAAAUGGGCUAAGCAUGAACUACUACAUCAUGAAUUGUCCAUUUGUUGAUCCAAUUGUGAAGAACACAGUUCAAAGAGCUCUGCAGUCUGAUCCUACCUUAGCUGCUGGUCUUGUCAGAAUGCAUUUUCAUGACUGUUUCAUAGAAGGAUGUGAUGGGUCGGUUCUCAUUGAUUCAACAAAGGGUAACACAGCAGAAAAGGAUUCUCCAGCGAACUUGAGCUUGCGCGGCUAUGAAGUUAUUGAUGAUAUAAAGGACCAGCUUGAGGAUCAAUGCCCAGGCGUUGUUUCUUGUGCUGAUAUCGUCGCAAUGGCUGCAAGAGAUGCGGUGUUUUUUGCUGGAGGUCCUUUUUAUGACAUACCAAAGGGAAGGAUGGAUGGUAGGAGGUCCAAAAUAGAAGAUACCAUCAAUUUGCCAUUUCCAACCUUCAACGCCUCGGAGCUCAUUAGGGCCUUUGGGCAACGAGGCUUCAGCGUGCAAGAAAUGGUUGCUUUAUCUGGUGCGCAUACACUUGGAGCCGCGAGGUGUGCAUCCUUCAAGCAGAGAUUGACCAGUCCUGAUCCAACUUUGGAUUCAAGCUUCGCGCAGACAUUGUCCAAAACAUGCAGUGCAGGAGACAAUGCAGAACAACCCUUCGACGUGACAAGGAACACCUUCGACAACGUCUACUUCAAUUCAUUGGUUAGGAAAAAUGGACUGCUUUUCUCUGACCAGACACUGUAUGCAACUGCCAAAACCAAAGGGAUUGUGAAUGGUUAUGCGAUGAACCAAGCCAUGUUUUUCCUUGAUUUUCAACAGGCAAUGGUGAAGAUGGGCACCCUUGGUGUUAAAGACGGCUCGACAGGUGAAGUGAGGGUAGAUUGUCGCAAAAUCAACUAAGCCAUAGUUCUGUAUCAAGAAACAAAAAAAGUACCAAUUUCUCUUUUGUUUGUGUUGAGAUGAACAUAUAGUGCUAUUUAUUGUUGUAUGAGUAUGACAAGGAUAAUGAUCAUAUGAUAGUAGAAUGUGAGGUAUGAGUCGGAUUGAGUUCUUCUAAAGCUGGCAAAUGACUCAUCCUCCUGUAUUGUAAUAUAAUGAGUGUGAAACUUUUGUCUUAUCAAUCAAAACAUUAACAUGUCUCAUCUUU